UCACAGCUGUACCUGAGUUUCGGGAAGAGAGAGGACUCCGGGAGGCCUACACUGUUCGCAGUGUUGUGGACAACAUUACCGGAAUUGUUGUCCCAUGAUAAGAAUUAUCCGUAUAGGUUACAUUUACCGGACAUACUUGUUUUGGAGAAUACUAUAUACCUGAGGAUUCGGAUUCUACUUUCUCCGGGAUAGAAAUUAGGCUACUUCCUGGUCAGUAGUCACAUUCAUUUACAGACAGACAUGGCAGUAACCCCACGGCGUGUCCGACUCAAGCCCUGGCUAGUGGCCCAGGUGGACAGUGGGCUCUACCCAGGCCUGGUGUGGAUCGACCGGGAGAACAAGCGCUUCAGGAUACCUUGGAAACACGCUACACGCCACACUCCCCAGCACGAGGAAGAGAACACCAUUUUUAAGGCCUGGGCCGUGGAGACGGGGAAGUUCCAGGAAGGGAUUGAUGAGCCUGACCCUGCCAAGUGGAAAGCCCAGCUCCGCUGUGCUCUUAACAAGAGCCGGGAGUUCAACCUAAUCUAUGAUGGCACCAAGGAAGUCCCCAUGAACCCCUUGAAGAUCUACGACGUCUGUGAUAUCCCACAGCCCCUCAGUAAUCCUGGAUCCUCAGACCCUGGGUCUUGGACACCAAAUGAUGGGGAUGAAGAUGAACCAGAAACCCCAGAGCCCCUCCCUCCCUAUCCGCCAUCCAAUGGUACCAGCCCUGCUCUCAUGUGGUCACCUCCAGGCUCAGUGUCGCCCCUCCACCCUCCCAGCUGCCCUCCAUCAGUCGAAGUGUGGCCCAAAGACGAGGUUAAACUGUGGCCCAAAGACGAGGUUAAACUGUGGCCCAAAGACGAGGUUAAACUGUGGCCCAAAGAGGAGCCUUUGGAUGUGGAGAUGCAACCUUCCGCCCUGGAGAUGGCACCCCCCCCUCCCCUGGACUUGCCUCCCUCUCACAUGUCUGACAUGAUAUUCGCCUCCCCGGAGAUGUGGAUUAGCUCCUUGCCCAUGACCGACCUGGAGGUGCAGUUCCAGUACAGGGGUAAGGAGGUGUGUCCGGCCAUGACGGUCAGUAACCCCCAGGGCUGCAGGCUGUUCUAUGGCGACCUGGGGCCCAUGGUCAACCAGGAGGAGCUGUUUGGCCCUGUCACCCUGGAGCAGCUGAGGUUCCCUUCCACCGAGCACAUCGCCAAUGACAAGCAGAGAGUCUUCACCAACCGCCUGCUGGAUGUCAUGGACCGAGGCCUCAUCCUGGAGGUCAGCGGCCACGACAUCUACGCCGUCCGCCUAUGCCAAUGCAAGGUGUACUGGUCAGGCCCCUGUGCCCCCAACCCCAACGCACCCAACCUCAUAGAGAGGCAGAGAAAGAUCAAGCUCUUCUGUCUGGAGUCCUUUCUCAGUGGUGUGAUAGCCCAUCAGCGGGGCCAGUCGGCCAGUCCUCCUCAGUUUGAUAUCAACCUGUGCUUCGGAGAAGAGUGGCCCGAUGGUAGACCCAGGGAACGGAAGCUCAUCAUGGUCCAGAUCAUCCCCGUGGUGGCGCGGAUGAUCACCGAGAUGUUCUCUGGCGACUGCAUGCGCUCCUUCGACAGCGGCAGCGUGCGCCUGCAGAUUUCCAUCCCGGACAUCAAGGACAACAUCGUGACUCACCUGAAACAGCUGUACCGUCUCCUGCAGAACCACCAGGGCCAGGAGGGCUGGCCUCAGGCUGUGGCCCCGGGGUCCGGCAUGCACCUGCCUCAGGCUCUACAAGCCCAGUGACGCAGCCCGGCCCUCCACAGCCCUGCCAGACUCCUCUACCGCUCUGUCUGGACACGGCCAUUUGAGAGCUGCCUCUACUGCUGGGCCGUGAGUGCACCUGUAGGCAGCAAGUAGUUCUUAUGUCUAUAGAGUCAUGUACCUCUGAAUAGGAAACUGGGGAGGGAUUACAGAUGCUUAGCCCUUUUUCUAUAGUGUUUGAUGAGAGGGGCCGUUUGCCCACGGGUUUGUAUUGUGGUAAAUGCUGCUAGCAGGCAUUGUACUGCUUUAUUUUCUGCAGUGGUCCACAGUAAAGCAUGAGGGGUUGGUGUCUGGCUGCAGCUGCACAGCACCAAGGCCUUGUGUUCUAUAUGGACAGAACUAGUGCUGAAUGGGAUGGCGUUAUGGGUCAAAGUACUGUCAACGUAGUCAAUGAGUUACAGACCGCUAGUUACACAGUAGAAUCAGUGACUACUGAAUGAUCAUUAAGCUUUGUCCUGGUCCUUGUGGUUCAUAAAACACCAUGUUGGCUACUGUUUUUAACCCAUGAAGUAUAUCACAGAGAUUUGAUUGAGUGCUAAAGCAUUUUAGUACCGUAGAUAGUGGUUAACCUAUUAUGCAAACUUUUUUUAUGAUUUCUCAAGUGAGUCACACAUGUUAACUAACUUUUCCUUUCUAUUUAUCUGAUGACUGCUGAGGUCCAUUUCUUGAUGUGAUUUGAACUGCUUCUGCUACAUAUGUACAGUACACUAUACCCAUUUGUUCUUAUGGUGAACCUGCAGUAAUCACUUGAGAUUGUGAUUCUGAUAACUGCACGUUGCGUCAAAACUAAUGCCACCUGUUGUAAAACAGUGGGUAGUACUGGUGUAGAAGAUGGGUAAAAGAAGAUUAUUUGGUAAACCAACUGGAUAGUUUUUCUUAUUAUUUUGAGAACCUUUCCCAUGUACACUUUUUACACAAUUUAUUUUUGUCCAUGAAAUUAGUAUAAAGGGUGUCACUGCACUUUUAAGAGAAAGUAGUCUCAUAGUUAAGUAUAUAAAACACUUUUGAUUUGUAUUUUUUCCAUUUUUGAAAUAAAAACAUCCAA